CUCUCAACUCUCCAUGUGGUGUGCAGAAGGGGGAACCAAUCAGCGCUCAACAGGGCGGAGCGGGUGGGACGCUCAAUUCAACUUCAAAUUCAGCCCUCUACAAAUUAUUAUUAUUCCAGAGAAGAGAAACUCGAGCGGCUCAUUCAAAGCAUUUUAAAGAAGUGUCAGUUUCACUUGCAUCCGACUACAUCUGCCUGACAGGAGCUUUGUUGCAGGUUAUUUAUUUUGUUCAUCUUCGGUCCGGGCAGCAGGUGUUCGGUGACCGCAACAGAGCUCAGUUCUCUUCGUUUGAUGCAUUCAUACAGCCAAACCUCACUGCAAGAGCGUUAGGUGAGGACUUUAAUUUUAUUUUCCAAAGUUAAGAUUUACAUCAAUUCACUGCAAAACCGAACUUUAAGGAGUAACUGCCGGAACAGAGCUCAACAAUUGAUAAAGGUGUUUAUUCCUUUACAGGAUUUAUACUGGACGCUCUUGGUUCUUUUUGCGUCUUGGUUAACCUGUUGGAUAGAUAAAGUCUUCUGGGUUACAUUACACUUAACCAGAUACACUUAAUCAAACAAUAUUUCCCGAGGUCUGCUCCAAAUGGAUAAAGGCACAUCUAAUGAGCACCGAUAUGGAUUGUAAGGGAUUCUUCAAGUCGCUUAAUGCCGUGAAAAUGCUCGAAAUGAUCGGGUAGAUAAUCCGACUGCGAACAGCCUACGUCAAAACAACGUGGUUUUACAGGAGAUAUUGGCGCUCUAAGCGGAUAAAUUAAAUCCGGUACACUCAAACGUAUUAAAACUUAACUGGAAUCAAUACUGAAACAUCAUGAGCCGUCUCGGGACACAGAAAAGCGGCUCGCGAUUAGAGAAGGGAUGUUCACGGAGCGUGUCGUUAAUUUUGGAGCAGCGUACGGAGACUUGGUCUUUUUGGUUUGAAGGUGUCGUUUUUUUCAGUGCUAAAUGCGCGGACGAGGUUGAGAGCUUCCCGAAAGCCGUGAGACAUGAAAGUAAAGCGACAGGGAAAGUCGCGGACUCGGAGCUGAACUCUCCCGCGUGUGGGGUGAAUGAGAAUCGCCUUGUAAAUGCGGUGAAGCAGAGCGCGCACUUUCGGCUUUUCUCAAAAACCUCCACAUCUGCCGAGGUUAUAGAUUCCAGCUUUAGCGGGGGUCAGAGCCCUCUUACCAAGGGCAAAGUUAAAGGGAUUAUUCUCCGCCAAGGAAAUACAAGGAAGGCGAUGACGAGGAAAGCGAAGUGCGGGAUGUGGGGUUGGAUUUUUGCCCUUGUGUUCUUCUGGAAUACCCACAUGUUGCGCGCUCAAGACAUCGCUCCGUACUUUAAAACCGAGGCAGGGUGUGCACAGACACACCUGGAGGGGAACAGACUUGUGCUCACUUGUUUGGCUGAGGGCAGCUGGCCGCUGGAGUUCAAAUGGAUAAGAAACAGCACAGACAUCACUAAAUACACACCAGAGUACAGGUACACGAUUACGUCGUUAAAGCGUGAGGAUGCAGGUGUAUAUCAGUGUGCGGUGAGGAACAGGAUGGGAGCGCUGAUCCAGACAAGAGCUGAUGUUCGCGUGGCUUACAUGGAUAACUUUGCUGAACUUGAACAGAGAAAAACAGUCUCUCAGGGAAGGGCCGCUGUCCUGAAUCCUCCCGCUGUUACUAGUUACCCUCGCCCUCAGGUCACAUGGUUCAGAGACGGCAUCAAGAUCAUUCCUAACCAUCGAGUAGCAAUAACAUUGGACAAUCAGCUUGUAGUUUUGGGGACAGCAGCAGCAGAUGCGGGCCGGUAUUACGUAGAGGCCGUUAACGAACGUAAUGGGGAAAACAAAACCAGCCCUUCCAUUUACCUGAGUGUAGCAGACGUUAUUGCCCCAGCUGAAUUGGUUGCCCCGGUGAUAGUGAUUGCACCUAAGAACACAUCAGUGGUUGCUGGGGCGAGUGAAGCUACUCUUGAGUGCGUCGUUAAUGCGAGAUCUCCUGACAGGCUGCAGGUGUUCUGGAAGCGUAAUGGGGUGAGACUAACAUCAGGAGUGGACUUGUUUGGUCGCAGGCUGGUCAUCAGUAACCCUACCUCAGCGGACAUGGGUCUGUACGUGUGCGAGGCUGCGCUCAGAAACAGCAGUCAAAAGAGCACAGAGGCCAAAGCGUACCUCUCCGUGCUGGGUAAGACAAUUGGUGUUCCUCCUGUGCUGCUAUAUGUGCAGUUGGAUCUCAGCAUUCCUUGUCAAGUCAUUGGGGUUCCCACACAGAAGCUGGAGUGGUUCAAAGAUGCCGUCACCCUCUCCACACUGAACAACCCUCGAUACAAGCUCACCUCCUCCUCAAUGGUUCUGCAAGUGCGGAGAAUUCAGCCGGACGAUGCCGGAAUAUUCCAGUGCUUCGCUGAAAACAUGGCUGGAGAAAUCCAGGCACAUACCAACUUGGUCGUCACAAGUGUGUCACCAUCUUUCACCACGCCCCCUUCUGACAUCACUGUGACUGACGGAACAUCAGCUGUCUUCAUCUGUGAGACAUCCGGUGCCCCGAAACCUGCCAUUGUUUGGAGGAAAGGUUCUCAAGUGUUAGCGAGCGGAUCGGUGCAGAUGCCUCGUUUCACUCUGCUGGAGUCCGGAGGCUUACAGAUACUCCCCAUAAUGCCGAGCGACGCAGGAAACUAUACGUGCCUGGCAUCUAACUCUGAGGGACUGGUCAACGCAACCAUAGCCCUGACAGUCUUGAGUCGAACCUUCAUUUCAACACCCCCUGAGGAUCAGCGUGUCAUCAAGGGAACUACCGCUGUGCUGAACUGCACAGCAACCCACGACCCCAGAGUCACAGUCAGAUAUGCAUGGAAGAAAGGAACCAAGCCACUGAGCGUGUCGAUUGGUGGGCGAGUGUCAAUGAAGGAAGGUUCACUCCACAUCAGCCAGACGUGGUCCGGAGACAUCGGUGACUACACCUGCAGGGUCAUCUCACCUGCUGGAAACGACUCGAAAACUGCCCGACUGGAAGUCAUAGAACUUCCCCAUUCUCCACGUAACCUGCAGGUGGCUCUGAAUGAGACAGACAGCAGAACAGUUCUUCUGUCAUGGGUUCGGCCCUUUGAUGGGAACAGUCCUCUACUGCAUUACAUCAUUGAGCUCUCUGAGAACAAUUCUCCAUGGAAAACCUACAUGGAUGAUGUUAGUCCUGCACUAACCGGUUUGCUAGUAAUUGGUCUAACGCCAGCAAGAACGUACCAGUUCAGAGUGUGUGCCGUCAAUCAGGUGGGACGUGGACAGUACAGCUCUGAGACCAACAGGCUGAUGCUGCGAGAGGAACCACCCAGCGCACCUCCAAAAAACAUUGUGGCUAGUGGCCGUACCAACCAAAGCAUCAUGGUCCAAUGGCAGCCGCCCCCAGAACCACAGCUCAAUGGAGUCCUGAGAGGCUAUGUGCUCAGGUACAGAUUGGCGGGUCUGCCUGGUGAGUUUCAGCUGAAGAACAUAACCAGUGCAGAGAUUAAUUACUGUCUGAUUGGAGAGCUCAUCAUCUGGACGCAGUAUGAGAUCCAAGUGGCUGCCUACACUGGAGCGGGCCUGGGGGUGUACAGCCAGUCUGUCACUGAGUACACACUGCAAGGAGUUCCCACAGCGCCCCCACAAGACGUGGAUGCUGUUGCGCUCAACUCCACCACCAUCAAAUUCACCUGGACACCACCACCCCAGCAGUUUAUCAACGGCAUCAACCAGGGAUACAAGCUGCUGGUGUGGCCUGAACACUGUCCGGAAUGCAUUACCAUGGUGACCAUUGCCCCUGAGUUCCACGGGUCACGUCACUAUGGUUACGUUAGCAAUUUAAGAAAGUUCACGUGGUAUGAGACGGCAGUGCUGUGCUUUACCACUCCUGGCGAUGGACCAGCUAGCACACCACAGCUCAUCCAGACGCAUGCUGACAAACCGGGCCCGGUGACUCAACUGAGUUUCACUGAGAUCCUGGACACAUCUCUGAGGAUCAGCUGGCAGGAACCGGAUGACAAGAAUGGCAUCAUCACAGGUUAUGUGUUGUGCUGGGAGGAGGCCGGUCAGAACGAAACCCGUGUAUCUCAGACUCUGUCCAAUUCUACGCUAGCGUAUGAAGUGACCGGGCUUACUUCACUCACCACGUACACUCUGCAGGUGGCUGCGGUUACACAGGCCGGCACCGGUACUGCCACCUCGUCGACCAUCUCAACAGGACUGCCGCCAGAGCUUCCUGGUGCACCCUCCAAUCUGGUCAUCUCCAACAUCAGUCCUCGCUCCGCUACCAUAAAGUUCCACCCCGGCAGUGACGGCAAAACCGUCAUCUCCAAAUGGAUCGUAGAAGGACAGGUGGAGACUGUGGGUGAGGACGAGGAAUGGAAGGUUCUGUAUGAGAUAGACAAUCCACCAGCUUCAGACACUCUGGAGAUUCCCAAUCUCAUCCCCUUCACUCAGUACAGGUUCAGGAUGAAGCAGGUGAACAUUGUGGGUUCGAGUCCCUUCAGUCAGCCCUCUCGUAUGAUGCAGACCUUGCAGUCUAAUCCAGAUGUGGCCCUGACAAAUCUCACAGUAAUUUCUGCAAGUGAAACAAGUUUAAGGAUUCGCUGGGAGCCACUUCCAGAGGCAGCUUAUAACGGAAAUCCUGAAAGCGUGGGUUACCGUGUACGUGCACAGAGAGCAGAUGGGCUUGGCCUGCCCCGGAUGGAGACCGUUUCUGAGCGCCUCACUCGGGAGGUGACAGUGGAGGGACUUGAGGAGUGGACGGAGUACGAGCUGAGUAUUCAGGCUUUCAACGGCAUCGGGCCUGGACCCUGGAGCAGUCCUGUGUUGGGCAAAACUAAAGAGUCAGUUCCCUCUGGUGCCCCAGAAAAUGUGAGCGCAGAAGCAAUGAGCUCCACAAGUAUAUUGGUCACGUGGGGUUCGGUCCCUGAACACCAGAAGAAUGGACACAUCCUUGGUUACAAGGUAUUAUACAGAGAAAAAGAUUCAGAGCGGGCUCCCCAGGUCCAGCUGGUGAACGGGAACCAGACUCACUUGCUUCUUUUAAAAAACCUUAGCAAGUUCAUCCUGUAUGAGGUUCAGGUGCUCGCAUUUACACGUGUCGGUGACGGACCACCCAGCCUCCCCCCCACAGUUGAGAGAACCAAGGAUGAUGUUCCCGGUCCACCUGUCAGGUUGGUGUUUCCAGAAGUGCGUCUCACGUCUGUCAGGGUCGUCUGGCAACCUCCCUCGGAGCCAAACGGCAUCAUUAUGGGUUAUCAGAUUUCUUACCGUUUGAAUAUCAACGACCCCAACAAGUUUACCACGGUUGAAGUGGGAUCCAACGCACGUCAAUUCACAGUGACAGGACUGAUUCCAGAAUCAGCAUAUGUGUUCCAAAUCACAGCGCGCACUCAACAGGGCUGGGGACCCUCGGAGGAGGCUAUCGUCAUAACGACAGAAAAAAGAGAACGGCCACAGCCCCCUCGACGACUCACCGUGCCUCAGAAAGGGGUUGAGUCUAAUAAGCUUCGACUUCAUUGGACGGUGGGGGGAGAUGGCUCUUCCCCAGUGCGCUACUUUACCCUGCAGACAUUAGAGCGUCCGGACGGAGAGUGGAAGACCCACACAUCCUCCAUCAGUCAUAAUAACACCUCGUGGGAGGUGGAUAGACUGAAGCCAUACACCUCUUACAAAUUUAGAAUGAUGGCCACAAAUGAUGUGGGAGACAGCGCUUUCAGCAAAGAAACUGAGCCAGUUACCACUCUACAGGACGUUCCAGAUGAAGCUCCUGUCAUUUUGAACAUCAAACCUUCAACCACAACAUCUGUGAUUGUCCAGUGGCAGCCGCCUGCUGAGGGAACUGUCAAUGGUAUUCUUGUGGGAUAUCGUGUGUAUUACCGUGAACUUCCACAUGAGAACAAUCCAGAGGAGCCAAAGGCAGCAACCAACCAAUCAACAAUCAGUCCUGAGUUCAGAGCUAAGAGCACUUUUAAGACAGUCAGCAGCCCUUCAUUAACUGAAUUUGAAUUAACGCAGCUCAGCAAGUACAGACGAUACACGAUUGUCAUGACAGCAUUUAAUGUUGUUGGAGAGAGCCCUUCAAGUCCACCUGUUGAGGUGUUUGUGGGAGAAGCAGCUCCUUCAGUGGCUCCCCAGAACAUACAGGUGAAAUCUGUGUCCUCCAGUCAACUGGAUGUAGAGUGGCAGCCUCCACCCAUUGAGACACAAAAUGGAAAUAUUCAAGGAUACAAGAUCCAUUACUGGGAAAAGAAAAGACAGAACGAGACGGAGAAGGAGCUGGUUUUGUUUGUUCCAGAUACAUCCGUGCACCUGAAGAACCUGACAUCCUACACUACCUACCUUGUGCAAUUGUCUGCAUUUAACACAGCGGGGGACGGGCCGCUCAGUGCAGCCCGUGAAGGACGCACCCUGCAGGCUGCUCCUGGAGCACCCAAUCAUAUGAUGUUUUAAGAUGUGAGUGUGUUAUGUGGAUGUUGUCUGCAGCCCAAUGGAGUGGUGGAAGGCUACAGAGUGGUUUAUGAGCCCACCGCACCAGUUCAUGGUGUCAGUAAGACAGUUACAGUGGAGAUCAAGGGGAACUGGCAGCGCUGGCUGAAGGUUCGUGAUCUGAUGAGGGGUGUGAUCUAUCGCUUCAAGAUUCAGGCCAGAACAAUCAGUUAUGGACCCGAACUGGAAGCCAAUAUAACUGCAGGACCAGUGGAAGGCUCCCCCGGUUCGCCCUUGCAAACAUCAGUCACAAAGUCUGCAUCAGCUUUGACGCUUCAUUGGUCAGCGGGUGCAGAAGGGGCGGGACCUGUCACAGGAUAUGUCAUUGAGGCUCGUCCAUCAGAUGAAGGAUUAUGGGAUACGUUUGUCAAGCAUCUCCCACCUGGCAGCUUCUCGUAUACCAUCAGUCUGGACCGCCUACGCUCAGGUGUGGCCUAUGAAUUCCGUGUCAUCGCAGUCAAUCGUUUCGGUUACGGUGAUCCCAGUCCGCCUUCCACUGCAAUGUCUGCUCUGUCCGAAACGCCUUUCUAUGAGGAGUGGUGGUUCCUGAUCGUCAUGGCGUUGAUCAGUCUCAUUUUCAUUUUGAUGGUUGCGUUUGGUUUGCUCCUGCUCGGACAGAACAAGAAGUACAGGAGCUGUGGAACAGGAAAGCACAUAACGACAGUAGAAGAGUCUGUAACUCUUGACAAUGGCGGCUUCACGGCUCUAGAGCUGAACAGCAGACACUUGAACGUGAAGAGCUCUUUCUUAAAGAAAAAUGGAACAAGAUCUCCUCCACGGCCCAGUCCAGGUGGGCUGCACUACUCUGACGAAGACAUCUGCAACAACUACAACGGGGCUGUUUUAACAGAGAGCACCACCCUAACAGAGAAACCCACUGAGCUGUCAGAGUCAGAGGUCAGCGACAGUGACUACGAAGACGAGCAGCCCAAGCACUCAUUCGUAAAUCACUACAUGAGCGACCCCACCUAUUACAACUCAUGGAAGCGGAAGCCCAAAGGCGUGAAGACUGGAGGAGGGUUUGAGGAAUGUGCCAUGACGGAUGCAGAGGGGGGGUAUUAUCAGACUGUUGUGACCCAGCACAGCGUAGGAGGUGUCUACACCCCCACGGGGCAGCCCGCACCCGGAACACGCACUCCAGUUACCGGCUUUUCCUCAUUUGUCUAAUGAACCAAUGACUUGAGACUAAAGGGGAAGCUAAUGACUGGAAGUAGAGCUCUAAACCUGGACGAAUCAAACUGUUGUGCUGGUUAUUUCGGAGUAACAGCAAAGAAUGUGUUUUCCAGGAAAUGAACAAGUUUCUCAUGUGUAUUUUUGGCCUCCUCUCUUCAGGGAAGGAAGGAGGGUAUUGAAGUAUCUUAUUGUUAACAUGUUAAUGAUUUUUGGGUGGAUUUUCACAGAUUAACCAUGACCCAGAAGAAGCAGAGACUUUGCACUGUGAGACUCUUCAGUAAGAGAUGGUAUUCAUUUUAAAGACUCAAAGACCCCCAAAGACGGAUGAAGCAAAUUCCUUUGUUAUGAAUUCCCGUUCUAUAGCAACCUUCCGGGAUUAGUCGUCAAGUGUGGGCAAACACAUGCUUGAGUGAUUCAUUGAAUCUCGCUCUGAUCUCCAAAACUCUAAUUGAAGUUGAAACAUCAGCGGAAACUUGUACAGUGUGUGAUAGACCUGAACAACAGUGUGUUUUGUUUGUGGUUUAUUUUCAUUUUAGGGACGGGCGGUUUCAUUCUGGACAAAAAGCAGCAUUGAAAAUACUGCCUUUGCACACGUAUUGCUCUCUUAAACCAAAAGAGUGAUGCUUUAAGUGAGAAAACAAAGAAAAUGUGUGCUUGCAACAGACCGUUUUCUUAGGUUAGCAAUACUGUAUGUAAAAUAUGCUGUAUGUGUGUAUAUUUUUAGGAUCAAUUUUGUACAAAAACAAAACGUUUUUAGUGUAGAGUAGAUUUGUGCCAAGUCAGUGUAGUUCUUUAGUGAUGCCCACAGCGGAUCAUUUCAGCAAGUCACAAUCCACACUGUUUGUUUGACUGGCUUGCAGUGUAUGUACAAUCCAGUCACCCAGAGGGAUGAUAAGAAAUGUGCGACACCGUCCCUCUAAUCCAAAUAUACACAGAUUUCUCAUGUCCUUCAAUGUUGAACAAAUAUUUAUUUCAGUAUGAAAGAACAUUAGUGCUAAAUUAAAUACAGUACAUGAGUUGGUGUGUACAGGUUUUGUUGGGUGGCAUACCCUGAUGUUUUUAGAUAGAUCUGGUAACCAAAAGGUUAUAAGUUUUUCUAACAUUUUAGGUAAUAAUGGGAUACCAAGUCAUGAUUAUGAGUCAAAAUUAUGACAAAAAAAAAAAAAAAAAAAACAUAAUUAUGACAAAGUCAUAAAAUUAUUUGAUAAAAUCAAAUGAGACAAAAAGUCGAGAGUUAAAAAU